UUGCAGGGUGACUUAUCUGAUUUCUUCAGACCACAGUGGGAAACAUUUACAGACUCAAUUAAUCUUCGCAGGUUCGUUUUUAGUUGGUUUGGAGUAGAAGUUUAAUAUUAAAAAUGUCUCGUGUCCUUGUUGGAGUUAAACGCGUUAUCGAUUACGCUGUGAAGGUGCGAGUUAAGCCCGACAAGACUGGGGUGGUGACAGAGGGUGUGAAGCAUUCAAUGAACCCUUUCGAUGAAAUAGCUGUUGAAGAGGCUAUUAAACUAAAGGAAAAAAAGAUCGCCACAGAGGUCAUCGCCGUCUCUGUGGGUCCCACACAAUCUCAAGAAGUGAUACGUACUGCUUUGGCAAUGGGCGCUGACCGUGGUGUGCAUGUUGAGGUCUCGGGUAAAGAUUACGAUCUACUACAACCCAUCCACGUAUCGAAAAUCCUUGCUAAAUUAGCGUUGGAUGAGAAAGCCGAUUUGGUGAUCUUGGGCAAACAAGCGAUUGAUGAUGAUAGCAACCAGACAGCACAGAUGACAGCUGCCGUCUUGGAUUGGCCACAGGGCACAUUUUGCAAUAAAGUCGAAAAGACUGAUGCCGGGCUAACUAUAACACGUGAAAUCGAUGGUGGCCUAGAGGUAAUAAAAACCAAAAUACCAGCUGUACUAAGCGCUGAUUUGCGUUUAAACACACCACGUUACGCUACUUUGCCCAACAUUAUGAAGGCCAAGAAGAAACCGUUGAAGAAAAUAACACCGAAGGAUUUGGGUGUUGAUACUGCACCGCGCAUUGAAGUUGUUUCAGUGGAGGAACCUCCUGUGCGCCAAGCAGGUGCUGUGGUGCCCGAUGUAGAUACGCUGGUUGGCAAGUUGAAGGAAGGAGGUCAUAUCUGAAUCUGAUUGCGUUAUGCAGUCAACGUAAUAAAAGUGCAUUUAUAUAAAUUAAUUGAUGUUAUAAUUAUUUUUACCCUUUUUAAAUUUACACUUCCCGAUUAAAAUUUCUAGAGAAUUUAAAACAAAGUUGUAUGUAUUACUUAUGAUUUCAUAUGAUAUUUGUUACAAUUGGAACUAGUGAAUAAAUUUCCCAUGUUUUUAUAUUCCGGAUUGGAGCAGCUAAA